UAUUCCGAUUCACGUGAUUACGUCACUCGAACCAAGCGAAGCACGGAGGGAGAUGUACAAGAUUUGUACUCUGCUAAAAUUAAUACGUCAUCUCGUAAUCUAGAGUGUUAUUUAUAAAUUAAAUCGUGGUUACAUAUAUAAUUUAAUUAAAAAACCAGCAAAAAUGCCGGCGGCACGGGGUGUGAAGCGUGCUGCUUCCAAAUCAUCGACCACGACAUCAGCUUCGGGACCGAAAAACAAGAAAAAACGCGGAGCAAUACAGUUGGAGAUACCCACUGCUCCAAAGAAGCGAGGACGUGUUCUGACAUGUGGACAAGGAGACGUUGGCCAGCUCGGCCUUGGAGAAGACGUAGUGGAAACUACAAAAUUCAAAUAUGUGACUGCAUUAGGUGAUAAAAUAGUUGAUGUGCAAGCAGGUGGUAUGCACACUAUAGCAUUGGACAGCAGUGGAAAGAUUUGGACUUUUGGUUGUAAUGACGAAGGUGCCCUUGGACGUGCCACCAGCAAUGAGAAGGAUGAAGGGACUCCCAAACAGGUUUCUUUGCCUGUCGCAGCUGUGGCUGUCUCGGCUGGAGACUCACACUCUGCUGCUUUAUUGCAGAAUGGAGAUGUUUAUGCUUGGGGGUCUUUCCGAGAUUCUCAUGGUAGCAUGGGACUGGUUGUCCGAGGGCGCGAAGGAAAACCCUGCAAAGAACCUGUUAAGAUUGACAUCGGAGAGCCAGCCGUAGAAAUAGCAUCAGGGGGUGAUCAUCUAGUUGUAUUGACGACAUCAGGCGGUGUAUUCACACUGGGCUGCGGGGAACAAGGGCAGCUGGGCAGGCUGGCGCAGAGAUCAGCGUCUCGAGACGCCAGGCAGGGCUUCAGCGCGCUGCUGGUGCCGGCGCGGGUGACGCUGCGGCAGGCGGCGGCGCGCGUGUGGGCGGGCCACCACGCCACCUUCGUGCUGGACGCGCAGCACGCCAGACUCUUCGCCUUCGGACUCAACAACUACGGACAGCUCGGCAUAACGGGUGAGAAACGUAAAACAGCGUUGUUUUCUCCGACCGAGUGUGACGCACUACGAGCCGUCGGAGACGAUCACGCGUGGAGCGCUGUGGCCCUCGGACAACAUCACACACUGACGCUCGCUGCCAACGGACAGAUAUAUGCGCUGGGACGUUGUGAAUAUGGGAGGCUAGGUCUGGGCGACAAAUCUGGCGACGCGGAGACUCUAGAACUAAUACCCAAGCUGCAGAACAAGAAAUGCAUCAGUAUAGCGGCCGGCACCAGCAAUUCCUUCGCCGUCACAGACUCCGGCGAAGUGUACUCUUGGGGCAUGGGCAGCGAGGGGCAGCUGGGCACCGGAGAGAGCGAGGACCUCAACGAGCCCACCCUCGCCGCCGUCGACAGCCGUGCGCCCCUCCGCGUCUCCGCCGGCGGACAACACACCGUGCUGCUGGUCGAGGAAACAUCGUCGCAGAGAGAACCUUCCCCGAUUCCUGAACGUGAGACGGAAUCCCAACAAUCCGAGGACACCGAGGAGGAGGAGGAGGAGACGAGUAGAGCGGACAUCACCGAGCAAGAGGGAGAGAUCACCUCGACGUCUGCAGCCAAACCUGAGGACGUCUCCAACGAUACGGAACCUCAGAAAGUGAACGGAGAUGAGAAAGAGACUCCCAUGGAGGUUGAUGAAACUGACGCGGUACAAAAAGAGAAAUCAUCCGAGGAAGACGAGGCAGACGAAAGAGAAACGAAACCUGAGGAAGAGUCUAAGAGCGAGGUGCCGGAGCCGCGCGCCAGGCAACCCGACCCGCACAACGGCACGCACGCGCCCGCCUGCUGAGCGACGUCGCCCACCACGGCACCCAACUCCAGCCACAAAAACAUUCAUUCAUUGUAAACGUUACAGAUCGGAACGGUUGACUGAUUAUUGAAGUGAAACGUUGUGAUUUCAAACUCGAUGAAACGAAAAAAUAAGUCCAUAGAGACACAAACACAUGAUUGUAUAGGAUUUAGCCGGCGAGAGAAUGAGAUAGAACACAUUAGACUCUUCGUGGCAUCCCCACUAUCGUCUACUAAACAUUGUCCAUAUGUACGCUCCUGUGUAGUGGGAUACUCAGGUUAUCUAUAUCUUAUUUAUAAGUUUCACUUGUACCGUGUGGGACUUACACACACAUACACACUUUUUUUUGUUAUUGCUCAGAUGGGUGGACGAGCUCACAGCCCACCUGGUGUUAAAUGAUUACCUGAGCCCAUAGACAUUUACAACGUAAAUGCCGCCACCCAUCUUGAGAUGUAAGUUCUAAGGUCUCAGUAUAGUUACAACGGCUGCUUCACAGCUGAAAUAGGCAGGGUAGUUAUACCUACCCGUGCGGACUGACAAAAGGUCCUACCACCAGUGAAAAUUUGUGUACUAAAAACACGAUCAAAGAUAAGUUAAAUCUGUCGAGACGAGUUAAUAUCUGUAACUGGAACUGUUAUUUUAGAUCGAUUUUUUAAAAAGUCUUAAUUACAACUAAACAACAAUAGUAGAAUUAAAUCUUAUAUCACUAAUUUAUUAAUUAGUCUGAUAUCAAAAAAUACAUUUUUAACUUGAUUUUUGCGUAUUGAAGCCUUAAAAAGAAUAAUCAGUCAACAGUUUCGCUUAUAAUUGUUUCUUACGGAUUCAACGAGCCGGGGACGCGAUCAAAACUACUUUUAUUGUAGUACGUUUGCAUUGUCAUGUCCAUUGACAUUGUUAUUUUCUCCAUCGCAGCUGGUCACGGGCGACGACCACGAGAACUGUAGAAGUAGCUUUGAUUGCAUCCUCGUCGGAUGAAUCUUGUGAAGUGACCUGAAGGUCAAUAGUUUGGGAUCCUGUUAUUAUUUCGAUCGUAUCUAAGAAUUAGUGUUUUGGACGUCAUUCGGUAAUUUGGCAAUAUGGUCGACAGUUUGGGCUUAGUUCUGUACAGGGCUCUCGUGGUGACAUGUCAGUGGCACUGGCGAUGGUUGGGCCGAUAUCAUUAACUCGUCUGACGUGUGCAUGCGAACAUUAUUCUGUCGUGACGAUAGACUCAUGUGUAAAAGAUUUUAAGAAAUAUCCCGAAAUUCGUAUCAAAAGUUUUACAUUUAAUUAUUAUUUAAAUUCAUUUUUUUUUUUUUUUUUUUCCUACCUAUGCUGAUAGCCUUGAGAGGCUAUUUCAGCUUCGCCCUAACGUUAGUAGGUGAGCUCGCGGGGCUCAACCGGAGAGAAACUAACUAACCCACAGACACAGCCCACUGAGUUUCUCGCCGGAUCUUCUCAGUGGGUCGCGUUUCCGAUCCGGUGGUAGAUUCUGCGAAGCACUGCUCUUGCUAGGGCCAGUGUUAGCAACUCUCCGGUUAAAUUCAUAUUAACCGUUCUAAUACAAGGUUCAGACGUUAAAACAUUUUCUUUGUAUCGUCAAUAAUUAAUAUUUUCCACAAUCCAUUUUAGCUUUUAAGACACAAUUAGUAUAUUUAGAAUCGCAUUUCUUGUCUUGAAACUGCAGAUUCUAAUAUUAUUUUGUUUUACUAUCAAAAUUCGCUAAUGAGCUAUAAGACUCUAACAGCAGUAUUCUAACUACUUAUGUUAAACAAUCGACCUCCAUAAGAGACUAUAAGAAUGAUAAUUUAAAAAAAAACUAUGCUUCAGCGUAAACUAUUUAGUUGUGUAUGAUCGUGCAUUAGGAGAUAAAUGAAUAUUUGUCGGUUAGUGGUAUCGCCACAACCUGAGCAAUGGUCCCAAUGAAAAUGUGCUUGUGGUAUAAGAACUAACAUAAGACGGCUUGACAACAAACAGAUAACUAAAAAUGAAAAUAAUAUAUUUAUAUGUUCCGAUGACUUCGGUCAAGAUGUUUGGUUAAAUUAAUGAAGCUAUUGUAUUGUCAUGUUUGUGAAAAAUUUCAAGUCAUUUGGAAUUUACUGUUUGAAGAUUCCCUUAACAUAGACAUAGAGACAGGGUGAACUAAUAAAUAAAUAAAAAGUUUUAAAAUCAAUGUUUGAUCUGUUCAUAAUUGAAUAUGCAAUUUCGAAAAAGGCACAUCUCUGAAAAUGUAAAAUGUUUAGGAAAUGAAAAAAAAAAUACUGAUUAUUUUCUGAAGCAGUCUAAAAUUUAAAUUAUUAACUUUUGAGAUAUAUUUUAGUGUUAAUUAGCAAUUGAAAAUUACUGGAAUUAUUAUAAAAUGGGUGUGUAGGUAAGCCUCAAAACUACAUGUAUAUGAAAAAACGUAUUUGACAAAAUAUGCGACAUGUGUCCUUUUCGAAAUUGCAUAUUCAAUUAAAUUGUAAUUGUUAAUUUAUUAAAUUUACUUAUAACAAUACAUUUCGACUUAACUAGUCUAUAGAGAAAUUACGCUAUACGAAUGACGUUCAAAAUAUUUGAUGAACCAAACAUAUUUCGAUAUAAACAGCAUUAGUUCUCUCGUGUACACAAUCCAAUCGGAUUGAACAUUAAUUGAGUCGUCUAUUAUCAAAGGUGGCAAUCUGUGCAUUUGGACAAAAAAAUGUUAUUGAUAUGUCAAUACAGAUUGAUUUGAAUAUAAUCGUCUCCUUCAAAGAAUACAGUUCAAAACCUGCAUUAAAUAAAGGUUAAUACUUAACCUGUUAUUUAUCUAAGAUGUCGUUCAGAAGAGUUUUGUGACUGCCAAUGGAAUACAAAGUCAAUAAUUCGUUUUUCUGAUUUACCAAUAAUUGUCCAAAAGUCACAUUGCCGGCUUUGAUAAUAGUCGACUCAAUUAAUGCUGGGGACGUUGAGUUUGUGAGAUUGUCGUCUAGAUAAAUCGUCAUUACAUUUAAAAUGUUUUUGUGUGCGCGAACUCAGAGGCGGCCGCGAGCUCCUCGGCGCUUAGAUACAAUUUUGUAAAUUUCAAUAAUGCAUUUAACGAUAUAUAUUUUUGUAAAUGAAUUAAAAACAAAUGCAAAAAUAAAAGAGAAAUGAAUACAGAGGCGACGACACGUUUUGGUGAUUUUCUUGACGCGUAAAGAGACAUGUAAUUACGCGCUGUAAUAUCGAGUUUUCGGUUUUUGAUUAUAUUAAAACACUAUUAAUUAAGUAAUCAGCACCGCCGUCUUGUUCGCUCCUUGUUGUAAUUUGUGAAAUACAAAAUGUAAUUGUUUUUUUUUUAUAUAUCAAUAUUUUGUUUUAACUUCAAUUAAGAAAUCGUAUACACUGAGUAAACGAUGUUGAAGUAGCCGCUAACACAACUUUCGGUUCAGUUGACGGGGUCGCAAGUUCAAAGUGUGUUUUCAAUUAUUAGUUUUAUUUUUUUAAAUAUAAUAAUAAAUUUCGUAUGAAAACCCCGUAUUCUUUCGGAUGAUGAAGUGUAAUGAUUAGUAAUGCACUUGCAUUCAUUUAGAACGUAUUUAUUUUGAUUUCUAAAAGUAAUGUAAAUAAACAUGUUUCUGAUACAUUUAAUUUUGUUUUCAUUAACGUAUUACACGCGUAAUUAUAAAUUAAAAUAAAAUUUACAUGAUGUAAAAUAGUAUAUAUUUUUUUGUCGUGCGAUUCUAAAUGAACGAAAAGUAGAAAGAAGAUCGCUAUAUUUUAUAGUUAAGAGGUUGCUAGAUGAUAAUUGAAAAAAAUUUAUAUAUAAAUAAUAAUAAUUAGUUUUAAGGAUUUUUGAACGAAUGUCCUUUCGUGCGGUACAAGAGCGGGAUGAGAGGAAUUAUUACAGAAAAUAUUGUUUUAAGACGCAAUUUUAUUAUUAUUAUUAUUAUUAUUAUUAGUCGGUCGAUAAAAGCAAGCAUUCGUUUAGUGGAAUGUGCAAAAUUUAUGUUAAAAUUAAUUAUUUUAUAAGCGUUUUAUUAUUUGAUUGUCGCAGCCGGCGCCGCCCGGCCCGGCCCCUACACGAUUGUUAAAAUAAAGUAUCAACUUUAAUGUAUUGUGUUUUCCUAAUAAAAGAGUAGUGUACA